UCUCACCACCUCCUUAUAAAUGGCCAAAUUGAGAAUCCUCUCCUCACAAAGAAAACUAGAUCCCAAAGUUGGUGAGGAAAGACAAGGAAAUAAAAGAGGAGAGAAUACGUGAUGGAAGGUUUAUUCAGCAGAUGGUCUCUGAAGGGGAAGACAGCUCUGGUGACAGGAGGAACAAAAGGGAUAGGGUUCGCAGUGGUUGAGGAAUUGGCAACCUUGGGAGCACUAGUGCACACAUGCUCACGCAACGAAACCGAGCUGAAGGCGAUCUUGCAAGUAUGGACUGACAAAGGCCUCCAUGUCACAGGCUCAGUAUGUGAUGUUACUUCACGCGCGCAGCGCGAGAAGCUCAUAGCUGAUGUUUCGUCCAACUUCACAGGAAAACUUGACAUUCUGGUAAGUAAUGCAGGGACAGGGGUGCCAAAACCAACUGUUGAGUUUACAGAGGAGGAGGCGGCUUUUAUCUGGACCACCAACUAUGGAUCUUGUUUUAACAUUUGCCAGCUCGCACACCCUCUCUUGAAAGCUUCAGGUUGUGCAAGUAUAGUGAUUGUCUCUUCUGUUGCUGGUAUUGUUGCCAGUCCUUUGGGAACACCCUAUUCUUCAACCAAAGGAGCACUGAAUCAACUGGCAAGAAACUUGGCCUGUGAAUGGGCAAAGGACAACAUCCGCGCCAACUCCGUCACACCAUCAUUCACCAAAACUCCUCUGGUUCAAUCUAUGCUUGAGAAUGAGGAAGUUGUAAAAUAUAUACAAGAGCGCACACCACUAAUGCGUGUGGCAGAGCCGGAGGAGGUGUCAGGUCUGGUUGCCUUCUUGUGUAUGCCUACAGCCUCAUACAUCACUGGCCAAACUAUCUCUGUUGACGGUGGAGUCACAAUCAAUGGCUUCUUCAAUAUGCACAAGGACUAGAAUUAAGAAAUUAAUCAGCACAUAUAAAGUCAUUAUCUCUGUUUGUCUUACUCUUUUAUCUCCCUUUUAAUUUAUAUCUCUCUUUGAACUGGUUCCUUAAGUUCUUCAGGUCAUUGAUGUUUGAAUAAAGUGAUCCACCAUACCUGGACUGGUGUGUUUGUCUUAC